AUGAAACUCCAAAAUCCAACUAGUCCAUCCCCUUUUCGGUCCAUAUUGUUCCUCCAUGUCAUGCUUCUCCACUCUCUGAGCUUAUUGCAACCAAAUUACAGUACCAAUGCAAGUGCAUUAGGAAAUCACACUGAUAGGUUCGCUCUGCUCAAAUUCAAAGAAUCAAUUUUCAACGAUCCACACGGAAUCCUCAACACGUGGAAUGACUCCAUUCACUUCUGUAACUGGCCUGGAAUUGCAUGCAGCCGCCGCCAUCAGAGGACAACAACCCUAAACCUAAGUGACUAUGACUUGAGAGGAACCAUAUCACCUUAUGUUGGUAACCUCUCCUUCAUGAGGGCCCUUGACCUCACAAAUAACUACUUCUUCAGAGGAAUCCCAGAGCAAGUUGGUCGUUUGUUCCGCCUGCAAUAUUUAUAUUUGUACAACAACAUGUUGGAAGGUAAACUCCCAGUUAACUUAAGCUAUUGCUCAAAACUUAGGGCGAUAAGUAUUGGCAAAAAUAGACUUAUUGGGUUAAUUCCUCAUGAGCUUGGAUCUUUGAUGAAGCUCCGUUUCCUUAAUCUUCAGUUCAACAAUCUCACAGGAGGCAUCCCUCCUUCCUUGGGAAACAUUUCAUCACUUGAAAUUUUUUCAGUAGCCUAUAACAAUCUCUUUGGAAGUGUUCCGAAUGAGUUGGGGAAAUUGAAAAGCUUAAUUACUUUUGUAAUAGGGCCUAACUCUUUUUCUGGUACAAUACCCCUCUCCAUUUUCAAUAUAUCCUCCUUGGUAGUCUUUUCAAUCCCAUAUAACCAAUUUAAAGGCACUAUUCCUUCCACAAUUGGCCUCACACUCCCUAAUCUCCAAAAUUUUGAAGCGGCUGUUAAUGGAUUCUCUGGGGUGAUCCCUCAAUCAUUUUCCAAUGCCUCACAUCUUCAGGUGCUUGAUAUAUUUGGAAAUAAAUUAGCCGGCCAUGUUCCAGAAAGUUUAGGGGGUCUUCAAGAGCUUCAGUGGCUUAAUUUGGGUAAUAAUAGUCUAGGAAGUUAUUUACCAAAUAGCUUGAAUUUUAUUGCAUCUUUAACAAAUUGCAGCCAAUUGAAUAUCUUAAACUUAGCUGAAAACAACUUCAGAGGGGUUUUACCAAACUCUAUAUCCAAUUUCUCAGCAAAACUCUCUAGACUUUAUCUUGGAGGCAAUCAAAUAUCCGGUAGUAUUCCUUCAGCCUUAGAAAAUCUGGCCAAUUUAAUCAUCUUGGGCCUUGAAGUUAACCUUUUCACGGGUGUCAUUCCUACAUCUUUAGGAAGGCUAAAAGAUUUGCAAGUUUUGGCUUUGCAUACCAAUAUACUAACAGGAAAAAUCCCCCCAUCCAUAGGAAACCUCACCCAAUUGUUUGAACUAGAUUUAUCUCAUAACAAAGUGGAAGGAAGUAUUCCUAAUAAAAUUGCAGCUUGUCACAGUCUCCAAAAUCUUGACAUUUCAAACAAUAUAUUGGUUGGAGAAAUACCCAAAGAAAUUUUUCUUCUUUCCUCCUUAUCUAUCUCGCUCAACUUAUCACAAAACUCAUUGACUGGAUACCUACCUGUAGAAGUCAGCAAGCUAAAGAAUAUCAAGACAAUUGACCUUUCUGAAAACAAUCUGACCGGUAAAAUUCCAGAAACCAUCGGUGACUGUCAGGUUUUAGAGUCGCUUUACCUGCAAGGGAAUUGCUUUCAAGAAACCUUGCCAUCUACUUUGGGUUCUUUAAAAGGUGUUCAGUACAUGGAUUUUUCACGUAACAGCUUGACGGGACAAAUUCCAAAGGAUUUACAGAAUCUUCAAUCCUUGUUGUACUUGAAUCUUUCUUUUAACAAUCUGGAGGGAGAAGUGCCCAACGAAGGUGUAUUUGAGAACAUAAGUGUUGUGUCAUUAGUUGGAAAUACUAAGCUUUGUGGAGGUGUAUCAGAGUUGCAUCUUCAAGCAUGCCCCAGAAAGAAGUCUGAAAAGAGGGAAAGCAAUCGCCUCAAACUAACAAUCAUAAUAGUUUUGGUGGUAGCACUUUUCCUUCUGUUCACAAGUUGCAUUAUUUUGCAUUUAAGGAGAUCAUCUCAAAGGAAAACAAAUGUUGAGGUCCCAAAACUAAAUGAUCUUCCGAAAAUUUCAUACAAGAAGCUUUUUCAAGCUACCAAUGGAUUCUCUCCAAGCAUGUUGAUUGGAAUUGGUAGCUUCGGCUCUGUAUAUAGAGGCAUUCUUGAUCCGGAAGAAAAUCCAAUUGCUGUGAAGGUUCUCAAUCUCCAGCAAAAAGGAGCAGGGAAGAGUUUCGUUGCCGAAUGUAAUGCAUUGCGAAGUGUUAGGCAUCGAAAUCUUGUUAAGAUCUUGACUUGUUGCUCUAGCAUAGAUUACAACGGCAAUGAAUUCAAGGCUCUAGUCUUUGAGUAUAUGUCCAAUGGAAGCCUAGAGAAGUGGCUGCAUCUUGUGACUGAUGAUGAAAACCGCUCAACGGGUUUGAACCUACUUCAGAGACUAAAUAUUGCAAUCGAUGUGGCUUUGGCAAUUCAGUACCUUCAUGAUGAUUGUGACCAGCCAAUCAUUCACUGUGACUUGAAGCCUAGCAAUGUUCUUCUUGACAAUGAAAUGGUUGCACAUGCAACUGAUUUCGGAUUAGCAAGGUUGAUCUCAAACACAACCAGCUUCUCGAAUGCUCAAACUAGCACAACUGGAAUGAAGGGAACAAUUGGCUAUGUCGCUCGAGAGUAUGCAAUGGGUGGAGGGCCAUCAAGAGAGGGUGAUGUAUAUAGUUAUGGCAUCCUUGUAUUGGAGAUGUUCACUGGAAAGAGACCCACCGAUGAAAUGUUCAAAGAUGAUUUCAAUCUUCACAACUUCGUUAGGACAGCCUUGCCAGAAAGACUUGUGGAAAUAGUGGACUCUUCUCUUCUCCCUAGGGAAGCAGAACAAAAUGCAUUGAUGAUAAGAGAAUUAGAUGCAAGAAAAAACAUCAACAAUAUGGGAGACGUUGAGAUUGAGAUUGAAGAAGGAUUUGGAAAUCAUAUCAGUGCUUAUCUGCGUAAUUGCUUGGUUUCAGUGUUGGAGAUUGGAAUUUCAUGUUCAAAAGAAUCCCCAAACGAAAGAAUGAACAUGGGAGAUGUUAUCCGGGAGCUACAACAUAUCAGAAAUGCUUAUAUUAGCUUUGAGAACAGAGGACAAAGAUGA